AUGGCGCAAAUAAGAGGGACUGCGGGCUACAACCUGGGCCUCCAGAAUCAAUUCGGAGGCCCUUCGAGAGCCGAUGCGACGAGUGACCCUAGCCCGCUCGACGCGAUCAGAGAGCAGACGAGCAAAAUAGAGGAUUGGCUGAACAAUACAGGGGAGCCCAUAAAACCGUACGUUGCCCAAAUACUCCAUGCUGUUGUUCCAGUCAACGCGGCGGUGGCUUAUGUGUGUCGGUUUCGCAGGUACUUACCAGCAAUUGGGCGUUUCCUCAUCGUCGUUACCUUUCUGGAAGAUGCUCUACGAAUCCUGACUCAAUGGAAUGAUCAGCUGGUAUAUCUACACGAUUUCAGACACAUUCCUGGUGGAAUCACACAUCUCUUCCUUUUGGUGAAUGUGAUUGCCAUGGUCGUCUGCUCUACACUCGUCAUCAUCCGCAAAUACUCCGAAUAUGCUGUUGCUGGUCUUUGCGGUGUUGUUGUCACACAGGCAUUGGGAUAUGGUCUGAUCUUUGACUUGAACUUUUUCCUCCGCAACCUGUCUGUGUUAGGUGGUCUGAUGAUGGUGCUCUCCGACAGCUGGGUCCGGAAGCGAUUUGCUCCCGCCGGCCUUCCUACAAUCGAUGAGAAGGACAGAAAGAUGUACUUUCAGCUUGGCGGGAGAGUAUUGCUCAUCUUCUUGUUCAUUGGAUUUGUUUUCUCCGGCAAGUGGUCCUUCUGGAGGGUAUUGGUCAGUCUGCUUGGCCUUGUCGCAUGCGUCAUGGUUGUAGUGGGGUUCAAAGCAAAAGCGAGUGCUGUUAUGCUGGUGGUUGUGCUGAGCAUAUUCAACAUUCUCGUCAACAAUUUUUGGACACUACACCCUCAUCAUCCUCACAAGGAUUUCGCCAAGUAUGAUUUCUUUCAGAUCUUGUCAAUAGUGGGCGGACUACUUCUCCUGGUGAACAUGGGGCCUGGUCAACUGAGCGUGGACGAGAAGAAGAAAGUUUACUAG